AUGGAGAUCUGGGCGCCCUGGGAGACCUCCCGCCGCGCGCGCGCCUUCACUCUCGGCGGCACGUGGAUCGGGCCGCUGGCCUGCGUGCGCGUGGUGCGUCGCUCGCGCCCGGACGUGGCGGCGCUGCCGCACGUGUGGGAGGCCGUGGAGGCCUUCCUGGACUGCUCGCCGAGCUGCACGUUGACGCGCGCGGCGGCCUUCGGCUCCAUGCGCCUCCUGCGCGGCAUCUCGGCGCGCUCGGGCGGGAUGGUCACGCUGGACGCGUUCUACAAGCAGGCGCAGUUCUCGGGCGCCAUGCAGCACGCGGCGGCCAGAGGAGACCUCGAGAUGAUCCAGUGGCUGCUCAACUUCCAGCCCGGAGGGCUCGUCACGCGCGCCGUGGAGCAGGCCGCGCGGAACGGCCAGCUCGAGGUGCUGCGCUGGCUCAAGCAGCACCACGACCACGUCUUCUGGGGCGCCAACGAGCUGCGCUUCGCCGUGGAGGGCAACCACGCCGAGGUCGCGCGCUGGCUGCAGGACAACACGCGACCGCCGUCCAAGCUGCGCGCCAUGAACCUGGCUGCGGCCAACGGCAACCUGGAGCUCGUGCAGUGGCUCCAUGAAGUGCGGCACGAGGCGUCGUCCUCGGCCGCGGCCAAGGCCGCGCAGGGCGGGUACCUGGACAUGCUCAAGUGGAUGGACAAGCACUCGCUCUGCAAGCACCAGGGCGUGCCCGUGGAGGACGCGGCGGCGGGAGGACACUUGAAGGUCGUCAAGUGGCUGCACAAGUCCGGCGUAGGCAUCGCCACGCCGCGCGCGAUGAACGCCGCAGCAGCCAACGGACACCUUGACGUGGUCAAGUGGCUGCACCGCAAGGGCAAGGACUACGCGUGCACACACGUCGCCAUGGACGACGCAGCGAUGAAUGGACACCUGGAGGUGGUCAAGUGGCUCCAUUCACACAGGAACGAGGGAUGCACGACGGACGCGAUGAAUGGAGCGGCCAGGAACGGACAUUUAGGUGUCGUGCAGUGGUUGCACGCCAACCGGAAGGAGGGCUGUACGACGCGAGCCAUGGAUGACGCCGCUGCGAAUGGACACUUGCGCACGGUCAUGUGGCUGCACAAAUACCGACCGAAGGCCGAGAGCGCGAGGAACUCGUUCAGUGGGGGAGGCUGCACUUCGAACGCGAUGGACGGCGCGGCACGGGGCAAUCAUAUGGAUGUGCUCAAGUUCUUGCAUCGAUAUCGGGACGAAGGCUGCACUGAGCGAGCCAUGGAUGGAGCCGCGGCUGCUGGACUUCUAGGAAUGCUGCAGUGGUUGCACGAGCAUCGAUGUGAGGGCUGCACCGUUGCGGCCAUGGACGAAGCAGCGGCUAACGGACACUUUGAAGUGGUGAAAUGGCUACAUGACAACCGCAUUGAAGGCUGCACUGUACGAGCGAUGGACGGAGCCGCUGCUGGUGGCCACCUCCGCAUCGUCAAGUGGCUACACGCUAACCGGCCCGAAGGCUGCACUGAGGCCGCUAUGGAUGGAGCAGCGGGUCAUGGGAAGCUUGAUAUGCUCAAAUGGCUACACAAGAAUCGCACGGAGGGCUGUACGACCGCCGCUAUGGACAAGGCUGCAGCUGGGGGACACUUCGAGGUGCUGCUGUUCCUGCACACCAAACGAUCCGAGGGCUGCACGAUGGACGCAGCGGUGAACGCGAGUCGCAACGAACACGUGGAGAUCCUGCAGUGGCUUUUCCGCUUCUACCCGCGUAUGAUCCACCGUGAGAAAGUAAUCGUCUUCGCCAAGCGGUAUAACUACUACCUCAUGGACUGGCUGCACCGCAACUACCAAGCGACAGGAGAGCGCACGGUGCUGGCCGAAAUCAACUCCUCAUUCUACCUCACCCCACCAGAGACCGAGGAGCUGACCACCUAG